AUGGAAAAUAAAAAUGCAACCUUGCUGACAGAGUUUAUUCUCACAGGACUUCUAUUUCAACCAGAGUGGAAAAUCCCCCUGUUCCUGGUGUUCUUGGUCAUAUAUCUCAUCACCAUGGUGGGGAACCUUGGUCUGAUUGCUCUCAUCUGGAAUGACCCUCACCUUCACAUCCCCAUGUACUUAUUCCUUGGGAAUUUAGCCUUUGUGGAUACUUGGAUGUCAUCCACAGUGACUCCAAAGAUGCUGGUCAACUUCCUAGCCAAGAAUAAGAUGAUAUCUCUCUCUGAAUGCAUGAUACAAUUUUUCUCCUUUGCAAUCUCUGUAACCACAGAGUGCUUUCUCUUAGCAGCAAUGGCAUAUGAUCGCUAUGUAGCCAUAUGCAAACCCUUACUUUAUCCCAUGAUUAUGACCAACAAACUAUGCAUCCGACUGAUAUGCUUGUCAUUUGUGGGUGGUUUUCUUCAUGCUUUACUUCAUGAAAGUUUUCUAUUUAGAUUAACUUUCUGUGAUUCGAACAUAAUCCAUCACUUUUACUGCGACAUUGUCCCAUUGUUAAAGAUUUCCUGUACUGACCCAUCUAUUAAUUUUUUAGUAAUUUUUAUUUUCUCUGGAUCAAUUCAGGUAUUCACUAUCAUGACUGUUCUUGUGUCUUAUUCAUUUGUUCUUUUUACCAUCUUAAAAAAGAAGUCUGUGAAGGGUAUAAAAAAAGCCUUCUCCACCUGUGGGGCCCAUCUCUUAUCUGUGUCUUUAUACUACGGCCCUCUGCUUUUUAUGUACGUGCGCCCUCGGUCACCAGCAGCAGAUGAGGAAGAUAUGACAGACUCUCUAUUUUAUGUGGUCAUCAUACCUUUAUUGAACCCAAUUAUCUACAGUCUGAGAAAUAAGCAAGUCAUAGAUUCACUGACAAAUGUGCUAAAGAGAAAUAUUUUGAUAGUCUCGUAUUAA